AACAAUCCCACCCAAACGCCCUGCAAGGUGGCUUCCGCGCCGGACCCUAUGCCUCCCACCCCACCAACUAUGCCAUGCCACCACGGAACAACAUGAACGUCAACGUCGGUCUCGCUGGCGGAGCGCUUGGCGGCGGCGGACUGGGUAGCGCGGGGUUGGGUGGUAUGCCUGGCUAUCCGGGCUCGAUGGGAGCAGGUGCAGGAGGGAUGGGAAUGAGGCCUCAGCCUUCGCCGGGGUUUCCACAGCAGAGAGGUGCUGGUCAGGCCUUCCCGUUCAACACCGGGCUCGGACAACAGCAACCACACGGCCUACACCAGCAGCAACAGUCGAAUCAGCAGCAGCACGGCGGCAAUCCUGGACUACCGCCACAUCUCCAAGGCCCGACGGCACAGAAUCCGAACAUCAACGCGUCGAAUGCUGCCUCGUCGGGUGCGGCGUCGGAUGUUGGACUGGACCCAAGUGACUUUCCUGCGCUAGGAUCGACACCCGCCUCCGUACACGCCAGCGCGCUUAACUCGGGACUCGCAACUCCGGGAACGGCAAAUGGGAGUUACGCGUCGCAGGCUGGGACAACCCCGGGUAGUGGUGUGCAGGGCGGACAAGGGCAGACAAAUGGACGGGAGAGGGAUCAAGGGAGAGAUUUUGGGCCGGACGAUUUUCCAGCGCUCGGCGGAGGUCAGUCGACGCAGCAACAACAACAACAGGUUCAGCAGGCUGGUCAACAAGAUCAUUCACACCCGCAUCCACCCGGUUUGAAUGGUGUGCACACGGCGGAGAGGCAGAAUUCGUUAGGAAUGGGUGGACAGCAGCAGCAGCCGGGAUUGUUGAAUUUGGGACCGGGAGGUAGAGGCCAGCAGGCGUUGCAGAGCGAGUCGGAAAAGCAGAGGAAUUACGCGCUCAAGCUCAACUCAGCAUCGCAUGCUGCUUGGAACAACCCAUCCAACGGACCCUCAGGCACGAAUCCCCUCAACCCCCCACCAUCGCAAACACCCGCACCCGUCGUGGGAGGCGCAGGCUUCCCCGGCACACUAUCCUCUCUCCAAAACGGCUCGCAUCCUCCCACAUCGAACCAAGCACCUCAAUCGCAACCAAACGCACAAAACCAAAAUAAUCACCUAGGCGGCCCGCCGGGUGUUCCUCCCCCUCCAUCCCAACAAGUACCACAGCCGCAACAGCCACAACCGUCACAACAAGUACCACCGCAGCAGGCAACGCAAGGACCACCGCAGCCUCCAGCAACAUCACACACGCCAGGUCCGGCACAACAUUUCGCUCAGGACCAAGCACAACAGCAGGGACAGCAACAGCAAAGGCCUGGGACGACGGUGAAUAAUGUGAAUGUGGUGCCGCAGACCCCGGCGCAGCAGGUGCUCGUCUCUGCAGCGGAUCGGUGGGGCCUGUUAGGACUGUUGGCGAUGAUCAAGAAUGCGGAUUUGGAUAGGGGGCUGCUUAGCGUAGGUACAGAUUUGGGGACAAUGGGGUUGGAUAUGCAGGCUCAGGGGAACCUAUACUCGACGUUCAUCACGCCUUGGGCAGAUUCAUCAGCGGCACAUACUGUUGAACCGGAUUUUCAUCUUCCGACGUGCUAUAACGUGCAACCUCCGCCACCGGGUCCAAGUAAAGCAGCCGCAUUCAGCGACGAGACGUUGUUCUUUAUGUUCUAUUCGAGUCCGAGGGACGCACUCCAGGAAGUAGCCGCACAAGAGCUGUAUAACCGCAACUGGCGCUACCACAAAGACCUUCGUCUGUGGCUCACCAAAGAAUCCGGAACUUCUCCCUCGCAGAAAGUCGCUGGCGGCGAGCACGGAACGUACACCUUUUGGGAUCCCGAUGGCUGGGGGAAAGAGCGCAAGGAUAUGACCGUGCUCUAUUCUGACCUCGAGGAGAAGAACGCACCGGUAUUCGCGCCUGGAGCGGCACUGACGCUGAACGGACCUGCGGGCGCACAGCAGCAGCAGGGACAGGCUGGUGUCAUCGGAGCACAGGCAGGUGCGGGUGGGAUGCAACAAGGAGGACAGGGGCAGAUGCAGGGUCAGCAGGGAGGGAUGGGUGGGCUUGGUGGCGUUGGGGGUAUGAUGGCGAUGGGACAGCGGGGCGCGUUCCAGGGAGUUGGGAUGGCGGCGAUGUAAGAAUGGGGCGAGAAGGAUCAUGUUUGUAGGAUGUGUUUUUCUUUUCGGCGGUCGUUUGGGUCUUGACGCUUGGUUGGUCGGUCGGUGUUCGGCGGCUUCGAAAGCAUGAAUAGUCGUUUGAAGGUCGGGACCGUACGUUGUGUGGUUUGCAGCUCGUAUAUCUUGCCACUCCCCUCUAUUUUUUUUCUUCUCAAGUACUUAUUAUUCGCUCUCCCUCUCUCUGACUCUCCAAUCCUCGUCUCUCCUUGGUCUCGUCCCGUCGUUUGUCGAAUUGUUCCAUCCGUCUUCGUCUCCGUCUAUUUCCCGUUUUCUCCAUUCAUACAUCCGUCAUACGUUCAAGUCGUCCGAAUCACUGUCCCUUGUCAAUAUUUCUAUCUACCCUCGUCGUCGUCGAACCUUCCCUGAUACUCUGUUUUCACCUUCAAGCUCCUUUCCCGUUCUUUUUCUCUCUCGCUCCUUGUGUCAUCUAUCAUUGUCCAACGUUCGCAGUACGCAGUCUGAAGUUUCAAAUCAUCGACAAUCC